GCUAUACUUAGCUCACUCUAUGAACGACGCGCCCACGCCCUCGGAAGCGAUGCUUCCGGAUGGGCCCAGCCCGCGCGGCGUCGGCACCUUGCUCCUGACGGCGUCGUCCGCGACAUCGCAAACGACCUGCGUGGACGCAGUAGGCCCACCCGAGCACCCGCCGACACCCGAUGACGCCCCGUAUGCGAUGCGAAAACGGACACUCGACAGCACGUGCAACAACGCGCCGCGUCGCGCGCCCGGUGCUGCAAUGGCCCUACUCGCCAGUGACCCCUCCUCCCGGGCGCUACUCGCUCGAAAAUCCGGUCUACGGGCCAGGAGCGUUGUGCUGGUCUCGUCCGAGGUGCAUGCGCGGCGGAAGCGAUCGCUGGCCUUUCCACGCAAAAUGCCAUCUCGAAUGGUUCAAGCCGCACGGAGCUCGGCGCUCAGCGUUGGGUCGUCCGAGGCCGACGAAAAUACCCGAAAGGUAGCCGCCUCGAGCAACCGGUCGUACCCACCAACGCAUUAUCGCCCCUGCCGUCUCGACGAGACUUUCGCCAAGCAAGAGCUGCCCUUGGGCGAACACCACUGGACCGACUACCUCUUUGCUCGGUUUGGGUCGCGUCCGGACGUGCAAUCGACAUUUCAGAAAAACCAGACCAAGCUCUUGGAGAUGAUUCGGACCUUGGACGCGCUCGCCUCGACGCGCCCUGACGACGACGAGGUCGCUACGCAGCUUAGCGCGUGCAAGGCCAUGGUCGCCUGGUUCCGCGUCGGUGACCACGUCGUCUUGAUGGACAUCCACGGCAAGCCCGCGCUACUCAAAACCGAGAGCCGCAACCUCAUGGUGCCGAGCGUGCGGAAGCGCAACUCGAUGUCCGACUCGGCGCCGGUUGCCGACCCGGUCACGGCCACGAUUCGCCGCGACUUGCACAACGGCACGUACGACAUUCGCCUUCACAAGACGUCGUCGACCAUCCAACGAGCGGUGCCACACCAUUUACUACGACCCAAAGUCCGACGCAAGCCCGGUAUCGAAGCCAUUCGACCCUCGUCAACACGGAAUUUUCUCUUGCUCGAUGGCAUGGUGCGCCUCGACCUCGGCGCCCGCGUCAUGGUGACGUACCGGGACCCGUUGGAGCGACGAUAUGGGUACUUUAUGGGCCUCCACACCAACGGCACGGCCAUCGUGCAGUACGACGAGAAGGACGUCGAUGCCAAAGUCGACAUCAAAGAUCUGAGUGCCGCCGCCGACCAAGAUGUGACGGACGAGCUCCUCGCGAUGGUCCAAGACAUGCACUUGACGGUUGACGACCGCGUCAUUCUCACGGGCUUCCGCGUCCUCACCAAGCACCCUCUCUUGAAGAACGUCCAGCCGUGCACCGUGACCCGCGACAACGGCAACGGCACGUUCGACCUGCAAUUCCUCGACGGCAUCUGCGUCUACAGUAUAAGCCGCGACGUGAUCGAGAUUGAACCCAGCGUGCACGAAAUGCAGCUCAAGCAGCUCGAGGCGCAGCGCAGCGCCGCCGCCGUCGCGCUCGUCGUCGGGCAGCUCGUCGCAGCGUACAGUCCGCGCUAUUUGCGCUACUGCUCGGGGCACAUACAAAGCAUGUCCGACGGGUUCUGCGAUGUUGUCUUUGACUAUGGCGAGCGCGUCACGCAGAUUCCGGUGACCGACGUCACGAGCCUCCCUGACGCGACGCUGCAGCGCUGUGGCAACCUCAUUUCGUACUCGAAAUCGAUGCUUGGGCCCGAAGAAGGCGGCGACGCACGGCUGCCUAUGGGCCAUCGUGUCAUGGCGCGGCUGUGCGGGAGCCCCAAGUACUUUGCGGGCGUCGUGGAGGAAGCAGAGACCAAGACGUACCGCAUCCGCUUCCAAUCCAGCGUCUUAGAUCCGUCCGUGCCACGCAGUCACGUCUAUAGCGUCGAGAGCUGCGCGGUCGUCUUUGUCAAGCCGACACCAAAGCCCAGCAACGCGACGGUGACCACCAGCACGUCGCGCCAGAAGCGAAAGCGCAGCUCGCUCGCCCAACGCGUUCUCAACUUUUUCACAGGCAGCACCAUCGAGUGAAGCAUUUCCAAGGCGACCCUGUCUUGGAUGUGAUGGCGCGCGUUCAAGUCGGUCUGCAACCAGAGCC